GCACCCAGUCAGUCAGAACCAGAGCCAGAGAAGGCUCCAUUGUGCCAUGCGCCUCUGCCCCCUCCUUCAGCAUUUGCAGAAAUGAGCGGUGAUCAUGCCCAGUCAUCUGCAAGCAGGGACUCAGAAGAAGGGGACAAAGAGGAUGAGUUUGGUUACAGCUGGAAAAAUAUCAGAGAACGUUAUGGGACUCUGGCCGGCGAGCUGCAUAUGAUUGAACUGGAGAAAGGUCGGAGUGGUUUGGGGCUAAGUCUUGCUGGGAACAAAGAUCGAUCCAGGAUGAGUGUCUUUAUAGUGGGGAUUGAUCCCAACGGAGCAGCUGGGAAAGAUGGUCGGUUGCAGAUUGCAGAUGAGCUUCUAGAGAUCAAUGGGCAAAUUUUAUAUGGACGAAGUCAUCAGAAUGCUUCCUCAAUCAUUAAAUGUGCCCCUUCUAAAGUGAAAAUAAUUUUCAUCAGGAAUAAAGAUGCAGUGAGUCAGAUGGCUGUGUGUCCUGGAAAUACAGUGGAAUCUUUGCCUUCUACCUCAGAGAACCUUCAAAAUAAGGAG